CAAACACCACACAGAGUCAAGCUCUUGGACACAAGGAACACUGUCUCUCUGUGAAAAAACACCAGUAUUAGGAAUUUCCUUGGCCUAAAGAACUUUUCUAUUCUGUUUAUCCUUUAGGGAAUAUGAGGCAAAGGAGAACUGAUUGAUUACAUGGAGGCUAGGGGAAAUGGUUGGAUCCUGAGAAUAAGGAUUCUGAAAAGCUGAAGUGUGUCCAGAGGAAGUCAGUGAGGAUGCUGAGAAGAUUGGAGACUAUGACCUAUGAGGCUUAGUUGAAAGAAGUGAAAAUAUUUAGCUGAAAUAAAAGAGAAACUCCAGUUUCAGCCUCAGCUAGAGCUAAAGAAGACUGAUCAUGAGGCCCGUAGGCAUAUUCCUGCUGCUCUCCUUGGCUCUGUGCUGCUUUUUAGAUACUGUUCAAGCUCAAGACCAAACUCGAGAUGCUAAUUGUAAUUACGAAUUUCCUGGAUGCCCAAGAAAUUUAGAACCUGUCUGUGGCACUGAUGGCAAUACCUAUAACAAUGAAUGCCUUCUGUGUAUGGAAAAUAAAAAAAGAGAUGUUCCCAUCCGCAUCCAAAAAGAUGGGCCAUGCUGAGGACCCAAAAUUAGCCCCUAUUAGUUUGGUAGCAUGACUAGCUUGCCUGAGUUUUAAAUAAAUGCAUGAUAUUGA